UAAACAGUCACAAAAUGGUGACGUUGUUUCUAGCUGUCGAUAAUUGAUCAUUCUGGUCAUAUCGAUUUCACCGUUUUAACCACUUAAAUUGACCGUUCAUACUACGAGGUCUUCCAACCAAUUUGAUGGUCGGUACCUAUCGAACCGACCAACACUAAACUAGUUUUUUUUCUCCCACAACCAUGGUUGUCAUUGGUACAUGUCUUGUCUUGUUUAGGAAACCGGGAUCAAUUGGGAUGAAAUCCCAUAAUACAUAUAUUUUUUAAACAAAAUUCUCAAAAUACACACGUUAUAAAUUUUUUUUCCAAAAUACACAUGUUUGUGCAUCACCGCUGUUGUCAACCGCAGUGAAUGCAUUCACCGCGGCAGACCAAAGCGGUGAAUGCAUCAUCGCGGUUGACGGCCAUGGUGAAUGCAUCGUCGCGGUUGACGGCCGCGGUGAAUGCCUAACGUAACACUGAAACUUCAAACAAACGUAACUUUGCGCUCGGUUAUCCGUUUGUAGUGAAUUUUUUUUAAUUCAUUUAACUUUUCAAGAUCUUUCAAUCUGCAGAAAUAUUUAAUCUAAAAAAAAUGUCGUUUGUUACCCCGAACGAGCAAUUUUUCGAUUUUUCCAAACUUUAGAAGACCAUAACUUUUAGCUCGUCAAUCCGAACGUCGUAAAGGUUUUUUUUUAUUGUGCAUAACUUUUUAAGAACUACAACUUUUACUAGGAAAGAAUUUUUUAAAAAAGAAAUAUUUUUGGGUAUACGGGAUUUUGGCAAUAACUUUGCCUUUACUUUUCACAAAUCCACAUACUUUCCAAAAUUAUGGUUAUAAUAAAAGUUGUAGUACUUAAAAAGUUAUGCGAAAUCAAAAAAAGUUUAAUGACAUUCGGAUUGUGGAGCACAAAGUUAUGGUCUUCCAAAGUUUGUCAAAAUCGAAAAAUUGCUCGUUCGGGGUAGCAAACGAAUUUUUUUUGGAUGAAGGCUUGUUGCAGAUUGAAAGAUCUUGAAAAGUUAUGUGGAAUCAAAAAAAAAAAAAAUUCGCUACAAUCGGAUAACCGAACGCAAAGUUACGUUUGUUUGAAGUUCCAGUGUUACGUUAGGCAUUCACCGCGGCCGUCAACCGCGAUGAUGCAUUCACCGCUUUGGUCUGCCGCGGUGAAUGCAAUCACUGCGGUUGACAACAGCGGUGAUGCCCAAACAUGUGUAUUUUGGGAAAUUUUUUUAUAACGUGUGUAUUUUGGGAAUUUUUUUAAAAACAUGUGUAUUUUAGGAUUUUUCCGAUCAAUUGUGUAGUUUACUUCCUCACUUUUGAGAUAUGUCAAUCUUACCAUUAAAUGAAUUUUUUUUUUCUUUUGAUAACACCAUAUAAUUUGAUUUAUAAAUAAAACAUCAAAGCAGUAUUAAUCAUGAGAGAACUUAAAAGCUAAGUUGCAACUUGCGAGCUAAUUAAAUAAUGCUCUCUUUGGUAACAAUAUCAACAUGUAUGCACUAAUUAAAAGAUUAAUUAAAUUUUGAUAAAAUGAUAAUUGAAAAAUGAUGAAUAGUCAACAUAACUCAACAUCAAAAUUGAAAAGGAUAAACAAGUUUCACUUACCAACCGGAGUUUCUUCUGUCUGAUUCGCUGAUUGAUUUCUUUCAUUGAUCCCCACGUCCUAAAUUUCCCUUCCCUCUCUCCCUCUCUCCACCAUUGCCAUCACAGCCAGCUUUGUUUGUUUCUAUCCAAAAAAGAAACAAAGGGGGAUACUGUCAAUAACUGUAAUCCUUCUUCUCUUCUCUGUUUGGUUAAUUAGCUGAUCCAGGGUUUCUUCUGUAUAACUACAGUUGCCCUUCUUCCUUGUAUACGGUUUCUUUCAGAGUUUAUCCCCAAAAUUUUGGGCUCUCUUCUCUUGUCUCUCUCAACGGUUGAAACUUCUUUCGUCACCGGCACCACAAACUUCUCUUCCCCUGUCCUAGGUAUGCUUUCUACUUCACUGCCACUGCUUUCUUCAUGUUUGUGAUGUCUGGCUUUCCUCUUGCAAUUCUCCACUCCCUGUGAUUGUCCUCUGUAUUCCCCCACCUUGUUUAUAUUCUACUUGAGUGGCUUGAUUUGGGUAUUUACCGCUGAAAAAUUGUGCUGGAUCUUCUGUUGGGUUUUGAUUUGCUGGGUUCUUGAGUGGCAGUAAGUUUGAAAAGUUUGAGACUUGGAUUGAUUUCGCGUGCCCACUUCGUUCUGUACGAAACUGUUGCCAGAGUUGUUGCUGGGUUGCUCUGUUUCUGUGAGACUUGCGCUUUGUUUUGAGGUGGGUUUCUGAUUUUCUGCGAUGACAUGGUGUUUGGUUGCUUGGAAAAUGUGGAAAAUUUAAGUUCCUUCACUCCGAUCUAAUGAAUUCCCACUCACUCACAGCUUUCUGCCUCUAUCUUCUUAUCUCUCUCUCUCUCUCUCUCUCUCCCGUUCACUUUCUUCAGAUCGAAGAUAGGGUAGAGAGAAAUAAUAAUUUGCGCCCUCUAAUCGGCCGAAUUCUUCUGUCCGAGAAUCGAAUUACCGUGUCUCAGAGGUUUUUUUCGAAUUUUUGGCUACUGGCCUGAGAUUUCCCCCCUUACGCCUUCGAUCAUGUAAUUAGUGAAUUCUUCCAUUGCUGUUUCAGACUUGGCCUGUGGAUUGUGACUCUCUUCUGGCUGCUGAUCGAUCUUCCCAUUCCUUGUUUCGCCUGUUCUACCGUUACCUGUUUAGAGUUUUGAGCUUAUGAACCAGUUGACUAGGUGCUUCCCAACGGGAGAAAGCUAAGCGAUGAUUAAUGUUUUGAUGUUUUUGCUUUAAUGAUAAGGCAAUUGAAACUUUGUAAUUAGAGCUUGCUUGAUAUUGGUGAGAACUUAGACAGCUAGUUUUUUAUACGGACUGCCUAGUGGAGUUGAUUAGAAUUUUAGUUAGAAACUGUGUUCUGUCCGUAUCUACUUGAAGUGAACGGAAGCUCGUGUAGGGAAUGCGUUUUAGGUAUGUUGCCCUCCAUGAUGUAGAUCAGUCAUUGACUUCUCGAGAUGAUCGCUUCAAUGCUUAAAAUCACAUGCACCUGUCAAGUGCAAUGGCUGUGAGAUAAUGUUUUGAAAUAUGAUGAUUAUACAUGGGUUGGUUAUAGAUUCCGUGCUCGUGGUUGUUUGACUUUGUAGUUGAUCAGUGCGAAUGGCUGUUAUCUGUGAGUCUAGUAUCCGGUUACUUGUUAAAUGUGAAAUGGGUAUUUCAAACCAUAUGGUUUAGGAGAUUUAACCGCUCUCACUCACUAUUAGACUAUCUCUCAGUGCAUUUUGUGCUUCUCUUGCUCUGCUUUCCUGUUGAUGAUUUGAAACCUGAAUCUUUUGCCCAACUGCUCAGCAAUGCCAGAUCUUGUGAGUUUCACAUUGGAUUUCUGUCUGAAAAUUUCACCAAUUUCUAUUCUCUAUUUGGUUUAUGGAAAACUGGUUUUCACUAGAUCCCCCUCUGCUUAGAUUAUGAUUAGGACUUUCUUAAUACUCUUUUGCUCAAUGAAUAGUCCACAGCUUGUGGUAUGCAACUUGUUGACAGUUUUCAGCAUCAGUUCUGCAGUUUCGUUGUGCUCCCAGAUCUUGGAUAAGAGAUGGAGCCUGAGAACUCAAUUGAGUUGAGUGAUGAAACAGCCCCUGAGGUAAGUGAUGGAAAGGUGGAGGAGACCAUUGCUUCCAAUAAUGGAGUUCCAUCUUAUGCAAAUGAAACUUCAAAGCCUUCUGCAGAAGCUGAAGGCACAAAGACUGAAGAAACCUCUGCAAUUUCAUCAGAAAGUAAACUCUCAAAACCCUUAAAGGAGCAUGGUACUUCAAAGGUUUCGGCUUCUUCAAAGAACAGCAAAGUAGCUGCUAAGGAUAAAAUCAACUCGAAAGUUGGUCCUGGUUCAUCCUCGCGCAAAGAGAGGCCAGCUGGACUUACUCAGAGUUUAUCAUUUGCUGUUAGAGGAGUUCAUGCUGAUAAAAUGAGGAAGAGCGUUGAUGGACAUACCCCUGCCAAAACAUACACUAAACCUUCCCCUAAUGAAGGCACAAAAUCUCGAAUGAACUUCAGUAGAUCAGUCACUUCGCUUCGCCCUUCUAAUCAACCAAGCAGGCGUGCAACUACUAGUGGGGUGGCAUCUAAGGAAGUGACUAGCAAUGGUGUUAAAGUGCCUUCAAGGCAGAGUUCUUUUGCUACCAGACCUGUGAAAUCAAGUUCUGUAAAUGAAGCUGCCAAAUCCCCUCCACCCGAGGUUCCUGAGUCAGGUGAUCAAAUCGUGAAGGCAGUUGCUACAUCAUCGCCGAUCAAAGAAGAUGAUGACACACAUUCAAAUGCUUCGGGUGCCACUAGUACUCGAAGGACUUCUGCCUCUGGGUUUUCCUCUAGAUUGGAAGAACGUGCUGAAAAGAGGAGAGAGUUCUUUUCGAAGUUGGAAGAGAAGAUCCAUGCUAAGGAAGCUGAAAAGAGCACUUUGCAAGAAAAAACCAAGGAGAGCCAGGAAGCUGAAAUCAAGCAACUGAGGAAGAGCUUAACAUUUAGGGCCGCACCUAUGCCAACAUUCUAUAAGGAGCCGCCUUCCAAAGUUGAACUGAAGAAGCUUCCAACGACACGCCCAAGAUCACCGAAGCUUGGAAGAAACAAGAGUGUCAGCGCCACGAUGAACAAAUCGUCGGAAGGUGGCAUCAGCUCAUCCAUUCGCAGCCUGGAGCCAAGCAACUCAACCAAGGAGAAACCGAAAACCAAUGUUGUGAAAAAUGCAGUUGCCUCGAAAACACAGGUCAAGAAACCUCAGCAGUCUAAAGUUCAGUCACAAAGAGUUGUUGCAGCUACUGAUCAUGGGAAGGCUACCAAGGCCAAACCCAAGUCUGCAGCAAGUGCAGGUGGAGAAAAGAGCCAGGCCCUGAAAGCUGCUGACGCGGAGAAAAAAGAAGAAACCCAGAAUGAUUCUGCUGUAGUGAGCCUUCACCCAUCUGAUAAUGCUGAGGAAAGCACUGGUCAGGUUGAUGAUGAGAGAGUGUCGAGUUCAGUGAACCCUGAAAUAGUGCCACAGGAAGUGGUGGUUGGUGGAUGAGAUUGAAGAAGAUGAUGGUUGCUGUAAUUUGUAUCUAUAGAAUUUGCAUUCGGAGCUUCUUUUUUUUUUUUCUUCUUCUGGUUUUGGCGGGACAAAAUGAAUGGUUGAUGUGAAUAGUCUUUGUUUCCUUCUUUUACAUGUUGUUUGGGGGUCAUGACGUUGUUUUCUCUUUUGCGGAUGAGUACUUUUUGAGAGCAAACUAAUAGUUUUGUUUUCGCUGGAGGCUGUAUUGAUCAAAGGUUGGGGAAAAGGAUUUCACUUGUAUUGCAAAAGUGUGAUAAAAGCUGCAGAAGCACAACAAUACACUUCACUUUGUUUAUUGGAUGUUUCAGAUAAAACGAGCUAUGGAAUUUUAAAUGAAUUUAUUGAUAUUAAGGAUUUCAAAGAGUCUAUUUGCCAAUCAUGGGAUUUGCAAGUCAAUGGGCAAACAAUUAACUUAUUAAGGACAAGUCAAUAAGAUUAACUCUAACCCAACAAGUUAAAUUUGGCCUCCCGACCUCUCAAACGUCCAUUUUAGCUUUCUGAAACACGUUUCUACUCCAAUCCUACAAGCUUUCAAAGUUACAUCCCUAUUUUUUUUCCCUAAUUUCUUUCAAUAAACAUACUUAUUUGCA